AUGCCGAACCGUGUGCGUUUCCUCAAGGAGAUAGCGAAGGAUGUGAUUAGUGCUACAGAAUUGCUCGGCUGCAGCAGGUGGUGUGUUACGCAAUCACCACGGAGAAUGGUGUGGAGGUUUUGCUCUUCAUAUUGGAAGAUGCACAGCGCCUCUAGCGGAGCUAUGGGGGGACUAUUAUGGUUUAUGCGUUGCUUGGGACAGGGGAUACCGAAACUAGAAGUCGAGGUGGAUUCUGAAUUGGUAGUGGGUUUCCUCACGACAGGGAUUGGUGAGUCUCAUCCUCUGUCUUUCCUGGUACAGUUGUGCCAUGGCUUUAUCAAAAGGGACUGGGAGGUCCAAAUAUCUCACGUAUAUAGGGAGACUAAUCGUCUAGCUGAUGGGUUAGCUAACUAUGCUUAUACCCUUGCUCUAGACAAUUCUACAGCGGCCGAUUCCACCGUUUUCAAAGGCUCCACGACCGAUGGUUUCACGUCCACCAAUCUGUAG